ACCAAGACUUUGAGAGAGUGAGAGAGAGAGAGAGAGAGAGAAUGGGUGAUAAAUUUGAGAACACGCUCGAGUUCACUCCGACCUGGGUAAUGGCAGUCAUUUCCGCCGGCUUUGCCUUCAUUUCCUACACCCGCGUUUAAUAUUUGUCUGUUUUUUACAACGUUAUUCCGCAGCAGCGGCAAGAAACAACACGUCCGAAAGCCGAUUAGCAAACAAGCUGCAAAAAAGAUUAGAGACGAGACGGUGAGCCUGGCUUUUAUUCAAAUUAUUCUGCUUUGUUUUCGAAAAUUCCUUACCAAAAUAUGCAUUCCGCCCGCUAUGUUCGACUACAUGCUUCCUUGUAGUCUCGAGGAUCGCCCCAAUCUCGAAGCAGAAGCCCCCGCCCAUCCUAUGACCACUUUCCGCUCUCGCAAGUUCAUGGUUCCUUUAAUAUCUGUUGAAGCUCUGGAACAUAUCCACUUAUUUGUUUUCUUCCUCCCCGUGGUGAACAUCAUAUUGUCCGCUACAAUCUUUGGUCUUGGACAAUUAAGAAUGCGUCACUUGGAAGGAUAUGCUUAUCGUUUAAGAAAAAAAGAUACACACCGAGUUUUUGAACGUUAUACAAGGGCUAUGACAAACAACUUGAGAAAUUUCAAAGAUGCACGCGAUGGUCGCCGUUUCCGUUUAAGGGUUUUUUGUGGAUCUAUUUUAUUUUUUGUGACACCAUCAGAUUAUAGGAUAUUAAAAUAUGGUUUCGGUCAGUCGCUUGAUACCGCAUGGCAAAAUUUUGAGCACCAACUGAGACAUGCUCAUGAAGACUAUUUCAUGCAAAUUGCUGGCAUAAGUUUGAAUCUUUGGGUCUUUGCGUUCUUCUACCUGUUGCUAAAUGUCCAUGGUUGGCCUGUAAAUUUCUGGGUUGCUUUAAUUCCUAUUAUUCCUUUAAUUUUGACGGGAGCUAUUCUGAAGCACAUAGUAACCCAACUAGCUCUUGAAAUAUCUGAAGAUCAUGCAAGAAUAAUUAAUGCUGAUCCGCUUAUGCGGUUACCAAAUGCGGAAAUUAUACCAACUAUACCGGACGAAUAUAAGACAUAUUGGUUUAAUUGUCCCCACUUCGUUCUCCCCUUGGUUCACUUUAUCGUUUUCCAAACUUCUAUUGAGAUGGCAUCUUUUUUGUGGAUAGGGCUUACAUAUGGAUUUAAAUCCUGUAUGAUGAAACAACUUUAUUACCUUCUUCUAAAGCUCAUUAUUGGGGUAUUUAAUCUGGGACUGUGUGGCUACAGCACCCUACCACUAUAUACAAUUGUUACACAGAAUCAGAGGAUAUCUAGACAACCUGAAUUUAAUCAGCAGCCGGAAGCCCACGGGGAUCCUAAUCCGAUUAACCUUGAGCCGGAACACCAGGUGGAACUUAAUCCGAUUAACCCGCAGCCGGAACACCAGGUGGAACUUAAUCCGAUUAACCCGCAGCCGGAACACCAGGUGGAACUUAAUCCGAUUAACCCGCAGCCGGAACACCAGGUGGAACUUAAUCCGAUUAACCCGCAGCCGGCACUCAACGUGGAUCCUGUUCAGAAUAACCAGCAGGUGGGCCCUGGUGAUCUGUUUAACUAUGGGGCAUUUAAUUUUGUUCGUGAAGAGUACCAUGAAGAAUGAUAUGAUAGAUGUGAUAUGAUAUCUUGGUUGGAGGAAAUUUGGAGUGUUUAUCAUCGCUCUUUCCCAGAUAUUUGUGUGGCUGCUUUGUACCUCCGCUCUUCAGGUUCGUAAUGCAGUGGUUGUGUUGAUUUUGCCUUCAGGUGGUUGCAGUACCAGGGGUUUUGUGUGUUGUUGUUUACUAUUUAGUAGCAGUGCUAUUUUGAAUUUUCUGUCUGCUUUGGUUCUUUUGCCUUGUAUGUUUUUGUGGUUUGGUUGUGUUUCUGGUGUUUGUUUGUAUAUUGCUUGUGCUACUUUGUAUGGGGACAUGCUUUAUUAAUAAAGUUUCUAUUUCAGAAAAA